UUUCUCAAUGACAGAUGUCUUGAUUAAUUUUGAGUUACAAGCGACGCCAUUUUGAAUUUGAUUGGAAUUAAUUUGUACCUUAACAUUAGUAAAAAUAAUGAAAACGUAACAAAUUUAGGAUUUAGAACAACGAGACACUGCUUAUUCAAAAUGCAUAGAUUAUUUUGUCUUUGUGUUAUCAUCGCAUUUGGGAUAUUCUUCAUUGUGCCUUUGGGAGAUUGUAUCAAAUGUUACUCUUGUACGGGAAAGGGUCAAAAUGAAAUAGACGCUAACGUGCGAUGUUUAGAAUCAGCUGACCUUGAACGAUGUGAAAAAUUUGAUGAUUAUUAUUACGAAACGGAAGAAGACGAAGAUGCCACUGAACUAUAUGAAUAUUACUAUCAGGAUCUAGCAGAACUGAACAAACGAGGGAAGGGGAAGGGACGUGGGAAAGGGAAAAGAGGGAAUGGGCGUGUUGAGAGGUCUGCUGAUGGUCUGUAUUAUUAUGACGACGAGCCGUCAUCAAACAAUACAGAGUAUGAAUAUGAGGAGUAUGAAGAAUACGAUGAGGAAGAGGAGGAGGUUUUAGUAUCAAAGAAGAAGACACAGAAGAAAAAAAUUAAUUACGACAAUACUAUAUAUGGAAAUGGUAUGUAUGAUGAAGAUGAUGAUGACAACGAUGAUAAAGAGAACAGAGUCCGCAAAACAACUCCAGAUCCCAUGUUUACUACUACUGAAGAACAACGUGACAGAACAAAGUACCAAUGCUACAGCAAGACUAUCAAAUUGGGUUGGGAGAAGUACCAGGUAGAGAAGGGCUGUAAAGCAAAGGACCAUUGUGAGGAGCUCUUAGACACUGAUGCCGAAUGGACACGUAGAUGGAACUUCUGCUGUGGAAAAAUGAAAUGCAACGCAAAAAUAGUUAAAGACAGUCCUUUGCGGGCCUUCGGUAAAUUGUGCAGGCAAACCAACGACUGUUUACAGGGAUAUUUAGACAGGCCAGUGUGCAAGAACUUCUUCACAACCUGUCCAAGAGCCUCAGAGUACCAUCGGAAAAUGGAAUGCCGGCCACCUGCGCUGACUCUCAGUAACAUAAAGAAGAGUGGUAGUAAAUUUGCAAGCCUUUUUAAUGAUAAAUCUAAACGGUGUUUCUGCACAAAGGGAUACUUUCCAAAGGGACCUGUGUGUACAAGUUCUGCUAAGAGAGUAUCUUCAAGUUCUCUAUUACACAUGGGAUGUCUAAUUCUAUUUGACACGCUGUUGACGAGUCUGCUAUACCUUUCAACAUAGAAUAUCGAAUGUGACUUCAAAAAUGACUGAACAAUGUAGGAACAAAACUAUCAAGAUUAGUCGAGGCUCCAAAUUCAUGGUAACCUCAAUGGAGUCAAAAUAUUAUAAUCAAUUGUGAGCAUUCAUCUCAAUGCAAGAUUAUAAACUAUUGGUGAAUCUUAGUACACAUGUACUGAGAGUACCAUGUAAUAAACACAAAAAUACAAUAUCUCAUACCGUUUGCAUUCGUUCGAUUUCGCUUCUUAAAAGAGAGCU